AUGGGUUCAUCAUUCAACAAGUUUGCAUCUUAUUUUGCUGAAAAAGAAGCGGUACGCAUUCAUAUGGCGGGUCUUAAUGCAGCUGGUAAAACUAGUGUUCUCUAUACUAUGAAACUAGGCGAAAUUGUGACAACGAUUCCUACGAUCGGUUCCAAUAUUGAAACGAUUGAAUUUAAAAAUAUUAAAAUGACAGCUUGGGAUCUGGGUGAUCGUGGAAAAAUUCGACCUGUAUGGUGA